AAUAAUUAAAAAAAUAAAAGGCUGAAGAGAAAAUAAUUCCAGUGAUUGAACACUCAUUUUUUUCCUUACAGAAAAUCAUUCCAAUGCUAAAUGAAGUCAGUGAGCUCCAGGCGUGCCUGCAAUGACUUCUUAGUCUUCGGGUUUAGGGAGUGAACUGGAGCCAGGUCACACCUCAAGGGGCCUCAGAAAAGGCUGACAUCCUAAUACUUUAUGGGAAAACCCUAAUGUCACCUAGCCGUUUCUGGGCUUAGUGACAGUUCUGGCCAUCUGCACCGCCAGCCCCACGUGGAUUUGGAGAAGCUAUCUCCCCCCUCCCCGCCCCGCCCAGGCCUUCACACUCGCCUCCCGCCGGGCCGCCAACUCUCCAGGGUACAAAGUACAGCCGGGACGCCAGCGGGCGGAGCCGUUCCGAGCCGCGCGGCCUUAUCUUUUCGGAGUGAGCACCUAGAUGGAUUUCCAAUACCGCGUCCGGCACGUUCCGGAGGGAGCCUCAGGCUCCUCCCGAGCAGCCAGCCUCGCGUCCUCGUUUCUGCAGUCAGUAUUCCUGUGGGAGACGAGGGCGGCUCUGGGCGCUCCAAGCUUGAUUACCAGAGGCGCAAUGGUUUACUCAAAGCCCCGAACAGUCCCGCCUGCAAAGAGCUGCCUGUGGUGUGAUAACGCAGAGCUCCCAACGCACGGUGGGUGUCCUUCAUCCUCAUAGCGCUCUCGGGUUAGGGUCCGUUUUCGCCACUCUCAAGUAUUUGCGUGGUCACCUGUGCUGGGGCCCGGCCCCGAGAAGGGAGUCGGACCUCGCGAAGAACGUCAACGCGCCUCUAGCGCACAUGCACUUGGCCCCGGCCAUCUACGCGGCGCUCUGGAGCCCCAGUCCCGGCAACUGUGGCGAAGGUGGAGGCAGCAGGGGCCCUGGGGCCGGCGGUGCGGACGGCAUGGAGGAGCCGGGGCGAAACGCGUCCCAGAACGGGACCUUGAGCGAGGGCCAAGGCAGCGCGAUCCUCAUCUCCUUCAUCUACUCCGUGGUGUGCCUGGUGGGGCUGUGUGGGAACUCCAUGGUCAUCUACGUGAUUCUGCGCUACGCCAAAAUGAAGACGGCUACCAACAUCUACAUCCUAAACCUGGCCAUCGCCGAUGAGCUGCUCAUGCUCAGCGUGCCCUUCCUGGUCACCUCCACGUUGUUGCGCCACUGGCCCUUCGGCGCGCUGCUCUGCCGCCUCGUGCUCAGUGUGGACGCGGUCAACAUGUUCACCAGCAUCUACUGUCUGACUGUUCUCAGCGUGGACCGCUACGUGGCCGUGGUACACCCCAUCAAGGCGGCCCGUUACCGUCGGCCCACCGUGGCCAAGGUGGUGAACCUGGGCGUGUGGGUGCUAUCGCUGCUCGUCAUCCUGCCCAUCGUGGUCUUCUCGCGCACUGCGGACAACAGCGACGGCACGGUGGCCUGCAAUAUGCUCAUGCCUGAGCCCGCCCAGCGCUGGCUGGUGGGCUUCGUGCUGUACACGUUUCUCAUGGGCUUCCUGCUGCCCGUCGGGGCCAUCUGCCUCUGCUACGUGCUCAUCAUUGCCAAGAUGCGCAUGGUGGCCCUCAAGGCCGGCUGGCAGCAGCGUAAGCGCUCAGAGCGCAAGAUCACCCUAAUGGUGAUGAUGGUGGUGAUGGUGUUUGUCAUCUGCUGGAUGCCUUUCUACGUGGUGCAGCUGGUUAACGUGUUCGCUGAGCAGGACGACGCCACGGUCAGCCAGCUGUCGGUCAUCCUUGGCUACGCCAACAGCUGCGCCAACCCCAUCCUCUACGGCUUCCUCUCGGACAACUUCAAGCGCUCUUUCCAGCGCAUCCUGUGCCUCAGCUGGAUGGACAACGCCGCGGAGGAGCCGGUCGACUACUACGCCACCGCCCUGAAGAGCCGCGCCUACAGUGUGGAGGACUUCCAGCCGGAGAACCUGGAGUCCGGAGGCGUUUUCCGGAACGGCACCUGCACGUCCCGGAUCACG